AUGCCAGCCUUAAUACCCAAAGUCGAAAGGGAAUUACUGCUAACCUCGGGGACCAUUCCGGGAAUCUGGAUCCUUUUCACGAAUGGUGCCUCGAACGCGAAGGGGUCCAGGCUCAGCAUUGUAUUAAAACCGCCUACGGGAAAUGUAAUUAGAAAAUCUAUCAGAAUUGUGAAAUUAACUAAUAAUAAGGCCGAGUAUGAGGCCGUGAUUGCAGGUCUAGAAUUGGCUAAAACCCUUGGGGCCGAGGUGAUCGAAGAUAAGUGUGAAUCCCUUCUUGUGGUAAAUCAAGUUAACGAGAUGUUCGAAGUAAAGGAAGAACGGAUGCGAAGAUACUUAGACAAAUUAAAGGCAUCGCUGCAUCAAUUCAG